AUGAUCUUCUGCCUAAAAGCGCCGAGAUUGUUACUCAGCAUCAUCUUCGAUGCACCACUGUCGUUUGAGAAGCUGCAGGAGUCAUGGCAGCAAACGCUGCAAGUGAGACCUAUCAUGCAGGCGCGCGUCCGUCGUUCCACUACUGCCCCUUCGGGUCUGGAGUAUCACGUCUUGACUCCCAAGGGCAUGGCCAAGUACCUAGAGGCACAGUCCAAGGCUCCGGAUCAUCUCAAAGAUUUCUUUUGCCUGGAUGAGUCUCAUCGGGCUAUUUCCGACUAUUGGCCCGGUGUCAAGAACGGAGCAAAUUCAUCCAGCCAAUCUCAGAAAAUAUUUAUCGCUGAUAAUGCGGAUUCAAAAGAUCAACAGCGCUGCACAUCCUUCAAUGCGGUGCAAAACAUUGAUGAGCUUAUCAACUCGGAUCGCCCUGCAGUGACUCUCCAAAUGACUCGUUUUAGUGACGCCACUCUCCUUACUGUUUCCUUCAGUCACAUCCUCGGAGAUAUCUUUACCAUCAAUUCUAUGUUGAAGGGAUGGGAAAGCAGUCUGCACGGCCAACCGGUUCUACCAUUCGAGCGCCUGGGAGAAGAUCCUUUCAGCGCAUACGGACCAGGCGGGAAGUUGGCCGGUGAAGACGCUACCUCCAAAUCGCCUUCCAUGCCCUCCGGCUGGCAAAUCUACGGCCUACUCGACAAAGUCCGCUUUGCAGUCCAGUUUCUCUGGGACUGCUUUAUCACACGACCGGAGAAAACCAUGUCCCAAAAGUACAUUUUCGUCCCGGAAGCGGAGGCCGUAGCCAUGGAGGAGCAGGCAAAAGGAGACCUCGUCAAGAUCGAAGCUCAACGCAAAGAGCUGGAUAUUAAGUCCGAACGCCCACUAUUCGUCAGUCGGUCCAACGUCUUACACGCUUGGCUCCUCAAGCAAAAACACACCCAUCUCAACCCAAACACAUGGAGCGCACCCGUCACCAUCGUCAAUGCUCGCGCCAAACCUCCAACCGGAAUGAAGGCACGAUCCGACGACUUCCCCAGCCAUGAUUGGUACUCCGGAGCGAUGGCAGUCGCGAUACCCAGUCUCCAAGUACGCGAUAUCCUGGCUAUGCCGUUGGGCGAAUUGGCCCUGCACAUCCGCGAGGGGAUUGUGAAGGGGUCUUCUCCGGAGAACGCGAGGCGGUGGUUCUCCUUCAACUUGCAUAAUAAUCUGUGGAAGAAACCGUCUGGGAAGGUGGCUCUCUGGUGUCCGCCGGAUCACUACCUGUCUGGUGUUAGUGAUUGGCGUCUUAUUCCGCUUCAUGAGUUGGAUUUCACGCCCGCGAGAUUCCAAGGCCAUGAGCGUGUGGAGGUUUGUGGGUUCAAUGCCCAUAUGGCUUUUGCUGGGACGCAGCGGAAUCGAUGGGUUUGUUUGGGAGAGGCGGGUGGUGGUGUUUGGCUUCUUGGGAAUGCGAGUGAGACUGAAUGGAGGGAGCCUAGUGGGUUUGGAAAAUAUGCCCAUGUCAAGCGUCGUUAG